AUGUCGAUUUGUGAGAAUGGGGCACCCCCCAUGAUUCUACCGUGGUCGAACGUGACUGUCACCACCGAUCAAAAGGCCAUCACCAGAGGUAUUCCCGUGUCGAUGGGCACCCCUCCACAGAUUGUCUCUCUCAGGCCAAGUACCUCGGACGAUGUCCUAUAUGUGGUCAAUCGGGCACAAUGCGCCCCGGAGUACAACUCUUCUUGUAUUGGGAUGUACGGCGGUGUCUUCGACUAUUCAGCCUCCAGCACUUUCCUCCAGGUCGCCGAAGGUCAGUGGAAUGGCUCCGGCAAUGCGAAUCCCACCCAGCUAUCCUUCGUCACCUUUAACGACGCUUUGUCGUUUGGAAAUGCCACCGUCUAUGGAUAUCCGGCGGUCUACGAUCAGCCUGGUUAUGGCGGCCAAGGUGUGCUGCCCUUGGGAUGGGGAUCAGAUUUUCUCAGAAUCGCCGUUGAAUCUGGCGACGUGCCGUCAACAGUCUUUGGUCUCUGGACAGGAAGUCGCUCAGUGAGCAGCCCAAUCGAUGGUUCUCUCGUCAUUGGUGGCUACGAUACCACCCGGGUUAAGGGCGAGCCGACAACUUUCAACGCUCGCAAGACUUGUGAAAUGUGUGUGGUAAUCACCGAAUUGAGCUGGGAAUCGGAUUCUGGCUCGACGAGCCUGUUCUCGAAUUCGUCUGAGUCCCUCCAGGUCAACCUUCAACCUUCGGAACGCUACGUCUACGUGCCGCAAAAUGUUUUCGAUCUUUUCCAAAACGCCACUGAUGGCGUUUACGUUGACCCUUAUCUGGGCUAUACCGCCUUGCCGACCGGAAAUCUCAGUGUGACUCUACAAAAUGGAUACAAAACCACAAUCCCUGCAGAGGAGCUUUUUAUGUACCCCCGUGGAUACGACGACGACGGCAAGUACGCCAUCAAUGACAACAGCUAUAUGAUCAGCACCCUCCUGAAUAUGACCGACACCGGCUAUGUUAUGGACUGGGGCAUUCCAUAUCUCACCAUGAACUACAUCAUCGGCGACUACAAGCGCGAGCAGUUUAAAAUGGCACCCGCCAUCCGCACCGAUUUCUCCAAGCAAGGCGGGGGCUAUGCUCUCAAAGCUUCCUGUGAUCCCACAACAUCCUCUGUUGCUUCACCCACCGCUUCUGCCUCUAGCUCCGGCACUGCAGGUGUACUUGGUGGUGCAGGUGCAGUUGGAUCCUCGUCUCCCAGUCCUGAACCAAGCGCUCACCACAAAUCCAGCCACACCGGCGCCAUUGUAGGAGGCGUGGUAGGCGGCGUUCUCGGGCUGGCUUUGAUUGUGGGUGCUUUUGCACUCUUUUUCUAUCGAAGUCGGCGCCGUAGGAAUGCUGCCGCCGCAGCCAACGGUCCACAGGGCACCGCCGGGAUGACACCCAUGAUGACCGAAGUCGCAGCAUCUCAGCAGGGUGGUGGCAAUACGGAACGAUAUUCACAGUGGACAGCCUUAAGCCCAACAGAAGUUGGUGCAAGUGAACUCGGGAACAACCAAAAGGAAGGCAGCAAUGUCCAUGUCAACCAGUGGCUCUCAAGCCAGGCCAGCGAUGUAAGGACUCCCCGUGUUUGCUAUUUAGCUUGUUUUGAAGUCAACAUGCGCUAA